UGUUCCCAGUCUGCAAACACAGUCCCUGCAUGUGGAGUCAGGAACACAAAACAAGAGGAGCAGAACAGAAGGCAAUAGGGACAGGCUGGGCCUUUGUUAACAUUGUACUCAGCACCUUUACAAAUCUAACUGUACAUUGGAUUGGGCCCAACCCCAUUGGAGACACUCAAAGUAGGUGCAGCUUGUGCCCCACUGACACCGGGGAUAGCCCCUGAGACUUGUUUGCAGCUGCAUUUGCUACUUCUCAACACACAAUGCUUGGCUCAAAUAGACUGUUACUUUUGUAUGCGAGUUCUCUCCUACUCAUCCAUGUCCUUGGCUCAGACACGGCAAAACCUUCUAAAAACAGGAAAAAAGUUCAAAGCAAAGGCCACGGGAAGACAUCUCCAGACCCUGUGCUGGGAGUAAAUUCUUUUGCUCCUUCACAGAUCUAUAGUUUAGUGGAGGAGUAUGAACAAAGUUUGGUGGAGAUGGUUACCCAGCUACGAAAUGGCUCAGAAUCUUCUGGUGGAAAAUGUGAAGUGAACCUGAGGCUUUGGCUUUCUAACAGAAGAAGCCUAUCACCCUGGACUUACAGUAUAAACCAUGACGAGAACCGCAUCCCACUUGACAUACCAGAAGCUCGAUGUCUAUGCACUGGCUGUAUCAACCCUUUCACUAUGCAGGAGGACCUGAGCAUGUCAAGUAUUCCCAUCUAUAGCAAGAUACCUGUACGUAGGCGAUUCUGUGAGAACAGCUCGGCCGGACUUAGGGGAAGGAGAAGAAAGAAGUGCCACAAAGAAUAUACUGCAGUCAUGGAGAACAUAGCUGUAGGCUGUACAUGUAUCUUCUGAAGACAGGGCUGCUUCCUCUUAUCCGCUCAGAUUUUCAUUCCUGUAUAUAUAACAAUGGCAGUGUAAUUCCACAGUCAGUAGUAAUUCAAUAACAAAGCAGGUAUGUACCCUUCUGUCUGUACAACUUAUAGAUGGCUUAAAGUGAAUUUUUCUAUUUAUUUCACAAUACUCCACAAACCACAUAUUCUUCAAAAAACAUUACUGCAAAUCCUACUUGUCUGUCAUGUAACCUGAGGCAAAAUAUCAACUAAUAAAAUCCAUAAUUUGGCAGUGAAUCAAAACCUUCAUUUUUUCAU